AUGCACAGCAAGCACAGCACCACCCGUGCGACUGACGCCACAAAAGUGUGGGCUACUCUGAUCACAAAUACGAAUUAUCUUCCUGGUCUCUUCACGCUUGAGUACUCGCUUCGCAAGACGGGGUCGAGAUACCCGCUCAUCGUUUUGUACACUGACUCUUUUCCGGACGAGGGCCAUGCUGCUCUCGAGGCCCGGGGGCUGCUGAAGCAGCGCGUUCCGCAUUUGCUCCCGUCGUUACCGAAAGAGUAUACCAAUGACCCCCGCUUCUACGAUACGUGGACGAAACUCGCUGCCUUCUCGCUGGUCGAGUAUGAGCGUGUGGUGCUGCUCGAUGGAGAUAUGCUGGUAUUGCAGAAUAUGGACGAGUUGAUGGAUGUUGAACUGGAUGCGCCAGAGCUGGGAGGGACGGGGAACAGAGUGUUUGCCGCCAGCCACGCCUGCGUGUGCAACCCGCUCAAGAAACCACACUAUCCCAAGGACUGGAUCCCAGCGAACUGCGCAUUCACAACGCAGCAUUCCACCCCGGACGCGGCGCAAACAUCGGGCGCACCCUCGGAUACCGGGCUCGGCCUCUGCAACUCGGGUAUCCUCGUCAUCAACCCGUCUAGCGGCGUCUACGACAAAAUCAUCGACCAGCUGAAUACCCCCGCCACGCUGAGCUACACCUUCCCCGACCAGGACCUUCUCUCCGAUAUCUUCCGUGGCCGCUGGCUCGCCAUCCCGUACGUAUACAACGCGCUCAAAACACUGCGGCGAAAGGGCGUCCACGAUGCAAUCUGGCGAGACGAGAAGGUCAAGAAUGUCCACUACAUCCUGAGUCCGAAGCCGUGGGACGAAAUCGAUAAGGCGGCCGAGGGGCAAGGAAUGACCAAGCCGCGGAAAGCCAGCCUGGACCCCAUGCACGAGUGGUGGUGGCGGUUCACGGAGGAGAGGCUGGCGAAUGAGAACGAGCGCGGCCUGGCUGAUCAAUUUUGA